AGGACGCGGAGAUUCUCGGGACAAGAAGAGUGACUGCUUUUCGUCUUGUGCCCAAAAAAACUGUAAUACAAGCGGUGAUAAGUUUCUGAAAGCAACACGGACUGUUAUUCAUCUCAGACAGCAUGCAGCAUUGAAGAGGAGAAAGUUCCCCACUUGAGGGCGAAAUCAGACUUUUUUGAGGACGCCAAGUUUGAAAAGUGCCAGCAUCUCCUGGGUCUGUCAGUUACAACAUGCAGCAAUGUCCGAAGAGGCAGAGUUGGAUGUGAGAGGCAGUGAGUGCGACACAGUCCCACAAGAGCCCAGCACAGACCCCGAGCCGCCCAGGCCACCUCCGGCUAAGUCUGACGGACCCACAGGCACCGCUGGCGAUAGCACGAGCAUCCCCUCCAGUAGCCACAGUAGCAGCACCACCAUCACCACCUCCAUCAGCGGCAGCAGCAGCAUCAGAAGUGGUCUGGGUGGUGUUAGCAUCGUUAGCAGCAGUGCUGAGGGAGCAGGCGAAAGCUCCAUGCAGUUCAGCACCAGACCGCCUAGUGCUGAGCAGCCAGGCUUCAUGGGGACAUGGCAGCAGCAGAGCACUGACAGCAACCUCCUCUACAGAAUGUCCCAGCAGGGUGCAGUAAUGCGGCUUCCUCUGAAGUGCGACAGGUCGACUAUGGGCCGAGACCUGGAAGAGGCCAUUCGCUGCACACUGGUGAACUGCACAUGUGAGUGUUUCCAGCCUGGGAAGAUUCACCUAAGAACAUGUGACCAGUGCAAACAUGGCUGGGUAGCUCAUGCUCUGGACAAGCUCAGCACCCAGCACCUGUACCACCCAACCCAGGUGGAGAUCGUUCAGUCCAAUGUGGUGUUCGACAUCAGCAGCCUGAUGCUGUAUGACCAGGCCGUACCUGUGAGGCUCAAGAUCCUUCUAGACCGCCUCUUCUCCGUGCUGAAGCAGGAGGAGGUGUUGCACAUCCUGCACGGUCUGGGCUGGACCCUCGAGGACUACGUCAGGGGCUACAUACUGCAGGAUGCUGCAGGCAAGGUGCUGGACCGCUGGACCAUCAUGUCCAGAGAAGAAGAGAUCAUCACCCUGCAGCAGUUCCUGCGCUUUGGUGAGACCAAAUCCAUCGUGGAACUGAUGGCUAUUCAGGAGAAAGAAGGUCAAGCGGUUACUGUGCCCUCCUCCAAGACAGACUCUGGUAUUAGGACAUUUAUUGAAAGCAACAACAGGUCCCGCAGCCCGGGGCUCUUGACACAUCUGGAAAACAGCAGCCCCUCAAGCAUUCACCAUUUUGAGAACAUCCCCAACAGCUUAGCAUUCCUCUUGCCCUUCCAGUACAUUAACCCAGUCUCUGCUCCCAUGCUUGGCUUGCCUCCCAAUGGCUUACCUAUGGAGCAAUCUGGUCUCCGAAUCCGAGAGCCCAACCUGCCAAAUCAAGGUGAACAGGUGGAGACCAGUGAGUCAGAAGUGUCCCUCUCACCCUUCCGCACAGGCCAGAGCCCCAGCCGCGGAGCUCUGGGAGUCAUGAACAACAUUGAACCCAAGACGGAGCCUAACAACAGGGCAUCACCCAUCUCACCAACCCCUUCAACCCAGCAGGCUCAACAACAGCAGCAACAGCAGACACCGCUACAGCAGCAGCAACAGCAGCAAGGCCAACAACAAUCCCAAAGUCAAUCUCAACAAUCCAACAGCUUGAGUGAUCACCAGGUCCACCACCACCACCACUUUGUAAAGGACGAGCACUCUAAAUCCAUCAGCAGUGCUUCCUUCUCCUCCAAGAUGCAUCGCAUGCGCAGAAUGGGAUCCACCUCACGUAAGGGUCGUGUGUGUUGCAACUCUUGUGGCAAAACCUUUUAUGACAAAGGCACACUUAAGAUACAUUACAAUGCUGUACACUUGAAGAUUAAACACCGUUGCACAAUUGAGGGCUGCAAUAUGGUCUUUAGCUCACUACGCAGCCGCAAUCGCCACAGUGCCAAUCCGAAUCCAAGGUUGCAUAUGCCCAUGCUGCGAAAUAACCGUGACAAGGACCUAAUUCGUUCCAAUUCAGCCCCUGGUACACCUGUCAUCUCAAGCACCAAGAACGGUGGCUUCACACUCACCAGCCCUGGAAGACCGCCACUGGGCUUUACUACUCCACCGAUUGACCCAAUGCUCCAGUCACCCCUGCAAAGUCCACUGGUGUUCCCCACCCUCAAGUCAGUGCAGCCAGUCCAGCCAGUGCCCCCAUUCUAUCGUACACUACUGUCCCCUGCGGACCUUGUCAGUCCCCCAGUGUCACUGCCCACCAGCCCCAUUCUGCCCACUACCACCAACAGUACUACCCUGAUGGAACACCAACAACAGAUCCUGGCUGCUGUGGCUUCACACAAUAAUGUCCAUUUGUCAGACACAGGACACAUGUCCCACCGCUUACAUACAUCUAGUGCCAAUCACGAUCUCUCCACUGGCAACUGUGACCCCACGCCCAAAAAGAAGCCUCGUAAAUCUAGCAUGCCAGUGAAGAUUGAGAAGGAAGUAAUUGAUGUGGCGGAUGAUUAUGAUGACAGAGACGAUGACGAGGAUGAUAACCUCCACCAUAAUCACCACCAUCACCAGUCAUCCCUCCUUCACAAUAAUAUCAAAAUUAAUGGUAACUGUAACAGCAACAAUAAUGGUAGUGCUGGAAAUCACAGUGGUGGCAGUGGGCAGCAAUCCCCUUCCCAAGAUGAGAUGAGCCCUGGCAUAGCUAUGAGAGGUAUGAUGAGACAAAGUGAAGAUGAAUGCCGGGAAGGGACUGGUAGUGACAGCAGGGGUGGCAAUGACCUUCAAGGCUCUGGUGAGCUACGCUGUAUGGACAGUUUCACCUCUGAGGACCAGGACCAUGAGAGAGACUUUGAGAACGAGUCUGAAACUUCUGACUCCAAAAUGUUUUUCCGUGAUGAGCUGAUAGAUGUAGAUGAACAGCAAAAACACAUCAGGGGUGGAAGGUGUCUGGACAAGGAACAGGAAGAUGAGGGUGGUGAGGAAGUCCAUUUAAGAAAGGAAAUGGAAGGAAAAGGUCAUUCCUCACCCUCCCCUCAUCAGCCCCCUAUAAAGAUAAAGGAAGAACUAAACGAUCCUACCUAUGAUAUGUUCUGCAUGGGUCAAUAUGGCCUCUACAAUGGCGGCAUGGCUGCAGCUGCUGCUGCUGCAGCAAGCAUGGCUGCUCUUCACGAGAGCUUCAUCUCUUCAAUGGGCUAUGGUGCCAGUCCACCAAAAUUUCCUUCUUCUCAAUCACCAGACGGAGAUCCAUGCUCAAGUCCGGACCCGAAGAUCUGCUAUGUUUGUAAGAAGAGCUUCAAGAGUUCCUAUAGCAUGAAACUGCACUACAAGAAUGUGCACCUCAAAGAGAUGCAUGUGUGCACUGUGGCUGGCUGCAACGCUGCCUUCCCUUCCCGGCGAAGCCGAGACAGGCACAGCUCCAACAUCAACCUGCACCGCAAACUGCUGACCAAAGAGCUGGACGACAUUGUCCUGGAUCCCCAACUCACGCCACUGCCCAAGGACCUGCGAGCCGAGUUAUUUGCAAAGAUCUACGGUGGACACCACAUGGGCAUGGACCCUUUGGCCAGGAUGGGCAUUGGAGGCGCUAGCCUCGGGCCCACGGGCCUGAACCACAGUAUCCGUUCCCCAAUGAGCAUCGAGUAUCCCAUUCACCCUUUCAACCAAAACCUUAGACACCACCACAUCAACGGCUUCUCCCGCGGUCAGCCAGACGACUACACAGUGUUGGACCUCAGCACCACAUCCAGUGUUCAAUCCAGCGGCAGCAUCCACUCCUCCCACGAGUCAGACGAGGGCAGUGAUGAGGGCAUCCUCCUGGAUGACCUCGAGGAGGAGGAGGGAAUGGAGGAGGAGGAGGAGGAGGAGGAGGAGGGCAACAGUGAGGGGGAGGACUGCUCCCAGCGAGCUGAGGGGCGGGCUGAAGGAGGACAUCGGGACGAGACUGGAGAACUAAGAGGAGAUGGACAAGGUGAGGGGAUGGAAACUUCCCCCUCGCCAUUCCUCCUUUCGUCCACGGGGGGCAGUAACGGAGGCGGCAGUGGGAUCCUCUGCAACAUCUGCCACAAAAUGUACAGCAACAAAGGGACCCUGCGCGUGCACUACAAGACUGUGCACCUGCGUGAGAUGCACAAGUGCAAAAUUCCUGGUUGUAAUAUGGUGUUUAGCUCUGUGCGCAGUCGCAACCGACACUCUCAGAACCCCAACCUCCAUAAAAACAUGCCCUUUGCCACAAUAAUAGACUGAAUAAUGACUUACUACUCUCCCACUGUCAGUCUGCCUGCUCCUCCCUUCAUUCCUCACCCUUAUUCCUCCUCAAAUUAGCUUUUAACCCCAGCCCAGGGCCAUGAAAUACAAGCUAAAUGCCUGUAUGCCUCCUGCCCAUCUUCUAUAAAUCAUAGCAAGACAUUUCUAUGUCCCUCUAUUAAAUUCAUCGACUCUAAAUACAAUUUAAUAUUGUGACCUUUGACUUUUCCUUCUUUGGAAGAACAGGAUGACGCUCUUAAGCAUGGAGUUUGCUUUAUUAUAAAACUCCAAGUGAUUUUUUUUUGGUAAGCCCCUCCACUUUUCCUUUCAAACGUCUCCCCACUUUGUUUUAAUGUCCGUCUCCAAAGAAUCUAUUCAAACUCUUAUUUGUGACUUUGCCUGCAGAAAUGAUAGUAUUGAGAAAAAAAAAGAAAAUCUUCUUGUUGUAUUUGUGUAAUGAUAGCUUUUAAAUGAACCCCUUACAAAAGCAUGACAGCUUCAUUUGUAAAUAAUGUCCCAAGAGGCUUUUGGUGUAAAAGAGUUGUGUUGAUGGUUGUUUGCUUCUUUUUCUCUCUCUUUAUGGUUUUAUGUUACAGUCCAGUACAAUACUUCCAGCUAUAGGCAAGAAAGAGGUAGCAUCGUACUAGCUUGACUCAUUUAUGUUAGCUUCAAAGACACGUUUUUAAACUGAGUCCUAGGAAAAAAAGAAUAUCAUGUGGCUUGUUUUAUCUACUUGUUAGAUAUUCAGAGGUUGCCGGCAUGCUUUUUUAGGCUCCUACACUGAUAUCAUUCUCUGUAUUUCUAUUGAUUUUUUUCUGUUUGUUAUGUUUAUGAGCUUUAGUAUACCAAUUAAGUUUUGCACUUUGCAUCUAUACAAGGGGAUGUGUAAUAUUAUUAUAAUGAGGACUUUUGCAAUGGUAAGUUUAGGUGUUGUUUAGGGUCACCAAUGGCUACAGUGCCAAGGGAAAUGUCAGUACCUUCAACAUUCUUGUGCCAGUUUCUUUUUGCACGCCAAACACAGUCUGACAACAGAAGAAAAUCUUACCUCCCUGAACAAAAAAACAAGAUCUUCCCCAUCCCCAAACAUCGCAUUUAUCAAAUGUCUCCAAAGUGUCUUGUUUCAUAACAAACCCAGGUGUGACUGAUCAUAAACUGCUGUUUCACAAACACAGAGGAGUUCAAUAUUCAUAUAUUCUCUUUUUCAUUUUGUUGAAGAAAUUACGAGUGGAAUGUUGCCGGUAAUGAUCACAGUUCUUACUUCAGAUGUUCAGUGGGGUCAUUUGUGUACAGCGUGAAAUUAUUGUGACACUGUCAAACAAAGUUACCGAUGCAAGAAUGCCAUCAUGCUUGUUCACAAAAUAGGCAUCUUAGUGAAAAAUUGCUGUCCCAUUGAUUUAGAAGAAAAAGAUGAAAAUAGUCCUUCAACUGUGACCAAAACAAGAGUGUUUUUCAGUGUGACCUUGUACCAAAAUCUGCCCCGUUAGAUGAAUACGAUGCACUUGAGUCUUAAAUAUUUUGCUGUGAUUUUUUCAGUACUGGUUCCCAUUGCUGAUUGCCGGCUACAAAUGUACUCUAUAAAAAAAGAGUUUUUAUCUGGCUGUUGUUCACAGCCAUUUUGUCCAAGACUGUCUCACGGUACAAGUAUUUCCAGUAAUUGGGCAAAGUAGCCAAGGGAAGGGGUAUUUAUUGGUACGUGAUGUAUCUUCAUGGAGAUGUUUUUGUCCAGUAUAAGAAUAUUUUUUUGUAAAAACAUAAAAAAGUAGACAUUUUUUCCUUAGUUUGACUUCUUUAUCAAUGUAUUAGCAAUGCCAUGUGUUACUAUACAAAGAGAUCGUCUCUUACCUGACUGGUGCUACACACAGAGGGAAAAAUAUGCAGUGUUAUGUGGUGUGCUGUACAGUAUUCACAACACCUUACAUCCAUAACAGUGUUCACUUCCAUUUGUUUCAUACGUAAGCCAUUUUGCAAUAUAGACAUGACCUAUUCUGUUGAAAUACUUCAUGUCUUUUUUUUUUUAAAGACUCCACUUCUAUGACACGUGCAGUUUUUAGUCCUCUGUUCUCUGAGAUAAAAUGAGCGAGGCAGAGAAGUGAGGCUGAUGGAAAGGUUGCGGAGGUGGAAGGCUGACUAGGGAGGAAAGGAUGACAGCAAGGAUCAUUAAAAAUGUGCUGCUCCUCCGUUACCUGGAGGCGUCCCUGCCAUUCUAGCUUCUUCUGUCUAAUAACUCACUUGUCACUUCGUUACACUGCCAGACGCCAAGGUUGCUGACAAGACGGUGACACUGACAGAAAGAGAAAAAGAAAAGAGAUGGUGUGCUACGAACAAUUCAAUUACCCUCAUUCAAUUUAGUUGAAUUUAAUCCACCUAUUCAUUUUCUACAUGUGCUUUUUCUUAUUCACAGUCGCUGAUAAUUCAAUUCAAUUCCUUUCUCCCACUCUGUUUCUCUCUUUGUCUGUCAGAGCACAGUCAUUUAACAACCGCCUUACCCAUUUCUUCAACCCGCCACUCACUUACCACCUCCACACCCCACAGCGCAGGUCCUACAGGGACACACACUAAUAGUGUAUGCUUAAGUUCACCGGACGGCCAUGGCAUAGGAAAAAGGGAUGGGUAAUUGCCUGUUUAUCCCAAGUGAAGGGAAAAUUGAGUACAGGAACCCCUGCCUUCUCCCAGGAGUGGGUUUCACUGAGGCGCUUGCUGCCUCAUUCACUCAUUCAAUCCCCCCGGCCCCCGCUCUGGCAGAAAUAAAAAAGUGCUACUCCAGGAACCCUGCUGACAGCUGUCUCUCCAGCACACACACACACACACACACACACACACACACACACACACACACACACACACACACACACACACACACACACACACACACACACACACACACACACACACACACAUGCAGAUUCACAUGUGCUUCCUACUUACAGGCCAGAAGGAUGACAAGAUCUAGAUGACUUGUUAACCUCUAGUGAUGUGGGAGACAGGGGCAGAGACAAAUAAAGAGUAUUCUUUCUACAGGAAAUGAAACUCUCCAUCCAGCAUUAACAUUAUAGCUGCUGCCACAACGCAUAAAUCUAACAUUCCAUUAUGGAGAGUGAUGUGAGAUAGCUCUGAGUCCGGCAUGGAAAGGCAGAGGCCUUUAUUAUUAUUUCAUUUUAAAAACCUCAAUGCCAUUAACAGCUAAUUAUUUUUUAACACACAACCCAGUGACUAGUUAAGAAGGAAAUCUAUUAAAAGAUUGAUUCAACUCUCAAAAAUCAGAGAGCUGUUCAUAACCAACAUAUCUUAAAAUAUGCCCAAUAACCUUUUCAAUCUGAAAAGAAACAACUUUUUCACAUUUCUUGAGUCGUGUUCUUUGCUAACAUUUUUUUAAGCACAAGCUGCAGUGCAUGACCUCUCUAUCUGUUUGCUGUGUGUGCAAGACCAAAAAAACCUGAAUAUUAGAGAAGAGAUUCCCUUAUAACACCCUUAUCCUACCUCCUACGGGCUGCUUCUGAGUCCUGCAUGGUGCUGGUCAUGCCAGCAGAGCUGAAAGCUGGAAACAGAGCUGAGAAAAACAUGCAAACGACUGUCCGGCAUAGCCAGGGAUACAGACGGCACGAAAGCGGAGAGACAGUGGAAAGGGAUUGGGUUUUUUAGAGAGUGGUCUAGCUGGAGCCUUUCGGCAGUCACUUAACAAGGCAGGGGAGAAAGAGAGUAACACAGGGAGAGAGAGAAAGAGAGCACAGCAGCAGGGCCAGGGCUCCCAGGACUCAUCGCCAGCUACUUCUUGAUUGUCUGCUGGAGACCGAUAGAGCCGCCCCUCACAUCUCCACCCCUCUCUCCCACACUCUCCUCUCCUCUGAGAAAUGACCACCAAUUUGUCCCUUUCCUCUGAGAAAGCCCCCAAUCCAAUCUUUGUCUUUUUUUACUUCUCUGAUCACAUGGGCCCAGGUGCAUUCUGCUACCUAGUGACCGGGCGGUGGAUGAACAGGAACGCGUCACUUAGAGCACCUCAUUGGCUCAGACCACUGGAGUGAAUCUUAAAUAUUUGAUUAGAAGAGCGUCAGGCAUCAAUUAUUCUGUAAUUCUACACAGCACACAGAGGGGACAGCGGUUGACCUGUUAAUCACUGUCCAUUUUGUUCACGUCACAAAGUGAGUUAGUACAGUAAAUGUAAGCAGAGAGGAUGGGAGGUAAAAACGCAUGCAAACAGUCCAGUUAAUGUAGCUCAUGGAACAAAGUGGGAUUAAAAUGUUUGAUGGGAAAUUAUGAGAAAUAUGCAGAUAGGAGGAAAAUACAGACGUACAGUGUGUGGGUUUGUAUAGAUGCUUCAGUCUCAUGUGUUAUGUUCUAAAAUAAUACCCUUAUUAAUUUGAACUGGAACCUGUGAAAUGUCAAUGAUCCUGAAAAAAUACUGUAAAUUCACAUAAUGUUUUCCAUUGUGCCAAUUAUAUUUUACAGUCUUAAAGUAUAAAUAAGCUUGAAGAUUUGGUGAAUUUUAGAAUUUUUUUUCACUUGUGUUUUUUUGUGUAUCAAAUGCAUUUUCGUCUGUGUCUCAAAGAGCCCGUGUUAUGGCACUGGCACUUGACAGUGUUGCAUGGCUACAAAGUCGCACUGCAAAGAACAACACUUUGGUGUCAAAAUGGUGAUUUGGAAGCCUCAUGAAUACUGUAUGUUACCUAAACAGGUGUUUCCGAAUUGGAGACGGGAGGAAAAAAAGGUCCUCUUUUUAAAAGACUCUUCUUUUUUUUCUUUUCUUUUUUUUUUUUUUUGCCUUUCUUGUAUUUGUUUCUGUAUCAUAACUGUCUAUGGUUUUUGCAUAAAAUGCAUAAGGGUUUUGGGAUGUAAAUGGAAUUUUAUUCAUAUUUUGUCCAAAUACCUCUUGUAAUUUGUAUCAGAAUUCUUGUACAAUUUUUAUAUUAAA